AUGGCUUUAACCACUUCGGCUCUUAUGCAUUCAAACUCACUUUUCUCACUUCCUUCUUCACAUCAUUCGCCAUCAAGAACACAUUUACUGACCCAAUCUUGGUUCCGAACCAGAAUUAGAACCAGAACCAUCUCUCUAUCUAUUGCCAAUGCCCAAGUCGAUGUUCGGAAAGAAGAUAUUGUCAUCGUUGGAGCUGGGAUUGCUGGACUGGCCACUGCAGUUUCACUUCAAAGGCUCGGAGUUCGGUCGUUAGUUUUCGAGCAGGCGGAUUCGCUUCGAACUGGGGGAACAUCUCUGACGCUUUUCAAGAAUGGAUGGAGGGUGUUGGAUGCCAUUGGUGUUGGCAGUGAGCUCAGGACCCAAUUUCUUGAAAUUCAAGGGAUGGUGAUAAAAUCAGCAGAUGGGAGGGAGCUGCGCUCCUUCAAGUUCAAAGAGGAAGAUGAAAGUCAGGAGGUUCGUGCUGUGGAGAGGAGAAUUCUCUUGGACACUCUUGCUAAUCAGCUGCCACCAGAUGCAAUCUCGUUUGACUCAAAGUUGGCAAAGAUUGAAAAAAGUGGAGGGGGUGAAACCUUGCUGGAAUUCAUGGAUGGGACUCGAAUAUCUGCCAAGAUUGUGAUUGGCUGUGAUGGGAUCCGAUCUCCAGUAGCUAAAUGGAUGGGGUUUCCGGAGCCCAAGUAUGUGGGGCAUUGUGCUUUUCGCGGGCUUGCAUUUUACCCUGAUGGACAGCCUUUUGAACCUAGAGUAAACUACAUCUAUGGAAGAGGGGUACGAGGUGGAUAUGUUCCUGUUUCUUCAACAAAAGUUUAUUGGUUUGUUUGCUUCAACAGCCCUUCUCCAGGUCCAAAGAUCACUGAUUCAUCUGUGUUGAAGAAUCAAACUGGAGAAAUAGUCAGGAACUGGCCCUCGGAGCUAUUGAAAAUAAUAGAUCUUACCCCAGAUGAUACCAUAUUAAGAAAUCCAUUAGUAGACCGAUGGCUGUGGCCAGCCAUAAGACCUCAAGCUUCAGCAGGCAGAGUUGUGCUGGUCGCCAUAAGAUCUCAAGCUUCAGCAGGCAGAGUUGUGCUGGUCGGUGAUGCAUGGCACCCUAUGACUCCCAAUCUUGGUCAAGGCGCUUGUUGUGCACUGGAAGAUGCAGUGGUUUUGGCAAAAAAGCUUGCAGAGGCGAUCAAGUCUGGAACCACAUCUGUGGAAGAUGCAUUCAAAUCCUAUGGAAGUGAAAGAUGGCCCCGAAUCUUUCCUUUAACCAUACGUGCAAAUCUUGUGGGAACAAUUCUGCAAUCGGAUAAUCCAGUGGUGUGUUCUGUUCGGGACAAUGUUGUUGUACCUAAGCUGGUGAGGCUUGGACCGAUGCUGGAACACACAAAUUUUGAGUUUGAACCUCUGUAA